GCCAUUUAGAACAUUAGAAAAGAAUGCUUCAAACCGACUUCGACUGAAGAACUCUGAAUAUUGAAAUAAACCCUCGUGACAUUCGUUGACGUGGUUGAUUUCAUUCGCAGUCUCGCUCCGAGAAGGUCGUCGUUCGCCGCUGACUUUUCUUUCCGUUGUUCCGUUCCGCGUGCGGUGUUUUUGAAAAUUAAAAAAAAUAUUCCAAGCGUGCAACAAGCGAUCUUGUUUUUGUGUCUAUGAUUUUGAUUCUGAUAACGUUACGUAAAAAACGAAGACUUUCUAGUAACCCGCUCGUGGACCUACCUGUAAAAGGAAAAAGUUUUUGAGGACUUCGUGCUCAAAGAAAUCCAAGAAAAAAAAAAAAAAACAACCCCAAACCCAGCCCAAACUGAACAACCCCUUGAGUUAGAAAAUUAAAUUUAGGUACCUGUGCGGAGCCGUAUAACUUUUUUCCAGUGCGGUGUGUUGUGUUGGAAGUUUUGCCGUUUUUCCAAUUUAAACUUGAGUGAUGAAAACUUUUCGGAAAAGUUAAAUUGUUUUUCCAACGACGACGCUGAAUAAGAAGACACACAACAACAACAACAACACGAACAGAAACAGUGCACGGGCUCCUCAUCACCUGGCGGCAUCAGACAUCCACAUCCACAUCAGAGUAAUUUUGUGCUGCUCUUUUCGAGGAUAAUUAAGUACUUGAUUGUGCGAAGGACAGCAGAGUACUCAUCAUCGUUGUACCUUAACUUAUAUGACGUGUGUUGUUCUUGUACUCAGCUUUUUGGUUGUUGCAUCAACAAGAAAGGUGAACGUAUAAACGUGAACGUUUUAACGUUUAACGUGAGUGCUCGUCGAAAUUGUUAGGAAAAGUUUUCUCGUUUGUGUUUUUUUUUGGUGCUGUUGUUGUUGGAACUACCGACACGACGACGACGAGAAGAACGUAGGGGAGUAUUCGAGAGAUUGACUGAGUCUUAGGGCGAAAAAAAAAUAUUAAUUGCAUCGAGCAAUCGGUGCACGCUCUGAUUUCUGUUUGUUAAUUAAAAACUUUUUUUACUUUCGCAAGAACGUGCGGCGGCGUUUCCUCUUUUGGAAACCGCUAAAUUAAUUUCGACAAAAUUUUCACAGACGGGAAUAAGCUGGGUCCUGCAGCAGCGGGAAGAGGAAUGUUCUGCUACCACUGCCCGCCAGCGCUACAUCCAGCUGGACCCCAUCAACCCCGGCUACCAUCAUUGGAAUACCCGUUUGCUGCUACACAUCCAUAUACAAGUUAUUCCUACCAUCCUGCUAUUCACGAUGAAACUUUUGUUCGGCGGAAGCAGCGAAGAAAUCGGACUACAUUUACAUUGCAGCAGCUUGAAGAAUUGGAGACUGCAUUUGCCCAAACUCAUUAUCCAGAUGUGUUCACCCGCGAGGAUUUGGCAAUGAAAAUAAAUUUGACAGAAGCUCGUGUUCAGGUAUGGUUUCAAAAUCGCCGUGCCAAGUGGCGCAAAGCUGAACGCCUAAAAGACGAGCAACGCAAGCGUGAAAACGGUGGUGAGGGUUCAGUUUCUCUAGACAAAAUGGACGAUAGUAGAGACUCAUCGCCCGACAUAACUGGCGAAAUGGAUGAUGAUCCUCGUAGUUCGCAUAGCCCGCCACCGACCAGUCCCCGCAUGGAUUCAGAUCCCGAACGACCACUCUCCUCAACCCAUCUCACCCAAUCCGCAUCGCAAUCAGGUGGCUCCAUAAGUGCGGGCUCGCCAUCGCCCGGAGUCCGAACUCCACAAAACUCCGGCACCAGUCCAACCAAUUCCAAUAACACCGAUUCGCCGAUCGAAGUCGGCGGUCCAAUGUCACUCACCUCCCGCAACCCACAAUCAAUGUCGACUUCAACGUUUAGCAAUCACAUCUUCAAUAGCUUUUCCGAAAGUAAUGGAGGCUUUCGGCCGGUCCUCGAUUCAGGAGCACAACGAUCCAAUCAGCCGCUAUUUCUGCCCCAUCAUCAUUUGGCAUCGCUGAGCUCACAAUUUUCCCAGCCCUUGUUUCCAGGACUUAAAGCCUUCCCGGGACUAUGUUCAUGUUGCCCGAUAAAACCCCCUUCGAUACCAGUGUCAUCAUCAAAUUCGCCGGGCUCACCACCAAUUUCUAAUCACUCCGACCCUCGCUCCAGUUCGGUUGCUGAAUUGCGUCGUAAAGCCCAAGAGCAUUCAGCCGCCCUUCUGCAGUCCUUGCAUGCUGCUGCUGCCGCCGGAUUGGCCUUUCCUCGAUUACACCUUCCGCCCCUAAAUUUGCAUCAUGCUCUCAAUAACAAUAUUAAAAAUGAGGCUCAAGACAUGACAGCCACAACAAUGAAUGGCAUGACAAAUAACAAUAACGCACCGGAUAUUCAGCAACACCAUCAGCAGCAGCAGCAACAACAACAGCCACAAGCGUCAUCACAUCCGCUAAGUCAUCAACAAAGCAAUGCUGUUAGCGAAAAUGUUGAAUAAAAUAGUUGCACUUUAAAUAAAAUUAUAAAUAUACAAUAGAAACCUUAAAAUAAAUUGUAAAAUAUUGUAAGAUAGUUAAACUGAUAUGAAUGUAGAUUUAUGAGUGCCAUAAGGUCAAUAAA